GAACACAGAAUUGACCUGCGCCCCCAUGGACAGCUGUGAGUCCAAAAUGACUCCCAGGCUUCUCACCUGGUCCUUCAGGGGCACAGUUACCCCAUUCAGGACCAGGGACCUGCAUGCCCCCUGCCCCCCCCCAAAAGAGUACUUCUGUCUUGUCAGGAUUCAACCUCUGUUACCGUGGCAGACAUAGGAAGCGGGGCUGGGGGUGAUCACCUUCCACCCCUGAGGCAGCUUCCUUAGUUUGCUGCAUGGAAUGGCCUUUGCGCAAGUGUUCUGUGAAUUCAUGGUCUGUAGGAGAGCAAGUUGGAUUGCGGCUGCUGGUCACACACACCGACAACUGUGUGAGAAAGGGGUCCUAUUGACUGGCCAGGGGCUCACAGUGGGGAGGAGGACCUUUCCAUGCUUUAAGCUGCACAUGAAUGGAACCCCUUUCUCAUUAAGACUGAAUGGGUGGUUGCUGGAGCUGUGUUCGGUUUGGGGGUCUGGUUUGCAGGUGCAAAAUUUUGCUCCCACCUCACACACUGAAUGGGGUGGGGGGCUCUGUGUGAAACCCUCUGAUAGGGGUUCUGAUUUGAAUCAGCACAAGUGAAGGAGGGGUUAACGCCCCCCAUGAUUUCACCACCUCCCCCCAGCUGCUUUUAUUUAGCCCUAUGGUGGGAAAAAUACAGGAACGCAGAGCUGAGAUUGAGAGUGCAUCUAAAGGGUGUUUUAUUUGCAAAUGAGUCUUCUGAGAUAAUGUAAAUGGUUCUUUGGCAACCAGGUUCUUUUGCAUAUUGGCUUUCCCCUCAGGAAAGGGUAAAUCUGAAUUAAAUCAGGGUUGUGGAGAUACAGACUGGUAUUUUGAUUCCAAUGAUGUUAUGCCACUGCUCUAAAAGUAUUCCACGCACAAAGAGCUUCUGCCUACAAUUAGAAGUGUAGGGGGGAGAAUUUCUAUGCAGUUUGCAUUUAAAGGUGAAUCUAUCUAAUUAACACUUCCUGGAACAACUGAGUCAAAAUACAGUCCCAAAUUUCCCAUUGCAAUUCUCCAACCAAGUAUAAUGUGUACAAAAACACGUGCACUAGGUAGAGUUUGCUUAAAAGCUGUUAUUAUUGAUUUCAUUUAUGAAUAGCUUCCCACGAGGCAACCCGAAGCGAUUUGCAAUAUGAUAACAUGUUUAAAGAAUAUACAAAACAAAUUUUAAGAAGCAAUUAUAGAUACAAAAACAGUUUGAAACAACAACAGAACUUACAUAAAACCAAUUCAAAUCCAAGGUAGAUGCAAAUGGGAAUUAGUGAAGGUAAUGUACAAAAAAUGCAUUACAUUAGGGAAAAUUCCUUGCAAAGAUAUGCAUAUUGCACAAAAAAUAUUUACAUUAGGAGAAAUUUGCAAUGAAAUUCUGAUACAUUUUCACAAGGACUUAAAAGAAUAAAUUCACAAACUGAUGUGGAAAUGUGCACCGAAGGUUAAAAAAACUAGAAACUGAGAGAAACCAGUUUUGCUCAUCCCUGCCUACAACAAAAACCCACAAAAAAUUCACCAGACUUUUUAAGUGAGAAUUACUACACAUUUUUGCAUGCAAUUUUGUCUAAUACAUUUUUUUGCCCUACUUUAGUGCAUUUCUGUAUGUUAUUUUCACCAAAACCUAUUUGUUCUCAUGUACACUUUACCACAACAUGUGGUAUAUGUUGCUUCGCUGCAGAAGUGCGUUGCGAGAUUAGGAGAAAUGUGAAUUUCAAAGGGUGGCUGCGUUACAGUACUUGUACUGUUUCAAAACCGAAUGAUACAUGUUUUCCUUUAAAUGCAAACUGAACCAAACUUCUUCACCAUCCCUAUCUCAGACUGUCAAUCAUGAUGACUGGGGGCGACAGAAGUUGGAGUCCAAUGACGUCUGAGGGGGGGGUUCUCCCGCCCCCCAGCCUUUGUAGUAACAAAUAUCUUUCUUGGCUGUAUCUUUUUUUGAGGGGGCAUACUUGUAGUCUGAAAUGAGGGGAGGGAGUAGGAGUCAUGUGCCCCCCCCCCAGUUUCUAAAUGCAUUGUGGUGGUUCUUUAUUAAUUUUACAUACUGCUCGUAUACCAGAAUGGCUUCCAUGUGGUUUGCAACUCUAAAACAAUAUUUAAUGUUCAAAACAACUUGUUGGAAGCCAUUCUGGGGAGGCCCGACUAGAUAGGCGGGCUAUAAGUAAUAAAUUUAUUAUUGUUGUUGUUGUUGUUGUUGUUGUUGUUGUUUAACGGCUUGUUUUCCCUCUGCCGAACUUCGGCUAGCUCAGCCAAAUUUAGCCCCACUAAGUUCCAACAGAGUUUGGAACUUGUGUACUUUAUGCAGUCUUAAACUUACGCUGGCUUGUCCUACACCAGCUACUUGUGUGUUAAGAUUGCUCCCUAAGACACUGUAAGUGUUCUUGCUUAAUAGGUGGAACAGAACAGGGAAACCCAGAAAGAUAAUAGGACAGUAAGAACUGCAGUAAAAAGCCUGUCAACUUGUUAAUGCAGACAUUUCAGCCAUUAGAAUUAAAGCGUCUUAUUUCAGACUUUCGUAGCAGUCUGGGUGUCAUGGACUAUGGGUUUUGUACCUGACAUGGAAGCACCUGCUAUCGAAGUCUGCUAGAUCUCAGUGAAAGUUGCUUUCUGGAAAGGCUCCAAUCCUAUGCACACUUUGUUUUGGGUGAAUUUGCAGUGAAUGGGAUUUGCUAUACAUGUGCUGAGGGUUGCAGCCUAAAUAAGAAUUCCUAGCACAGUAAUAAUGAUCCCUGCUAUAUGCAUGGUUGUGUUAAGAAUGAUAUGAAUUUUGUAUCCAGAUUGUGACUCUGUUGCUUUGCCGAGGGAAGAGUUGAGCAGCCACUGUAAUGAAAAAUUGCAUCAAGUCCUUUUCUAGGUUUCUCCCACCUCUUUGUCUUUGCAAUUGGGGUAAUAAACGCCGACUGUUUAAAUGGCUACGAUAGACACACCUAGUUUUACAACAGCUGCGUGUGAUCCGUAGGAACCGACACUGAACAAACAUUGAAAAUUGCAGGCUUUUCCACUGCAAACUGCUUGACUUUAAAGAGGGUUAAAAUGCAGUGGAAUGAAUAACAUAUUCCCCAUCACGCUGCAGCUGUCUUCAAAGGGAUGCACAAUGCAAUUCAUUUGCAUUGUAAACAAGCUGCAGAAUCUUGUGCUUUGUGACACAAAUAUCUUGAAGAGAUGCGGGUAACAAUUGCAGCUGAGUAUAUCUCCACUAAAGUUCACCUACCUGCACCGUUUCAAAAAUAAAAAAUAAAAAAUUGCUCCCCUGGGUUUUGAGAGAGAGUGUCUAGUGGCAAAACAUAGAGGGCUUAAUAAGCUCAUUCAGACUCUGGCUUCCCCCCCUCCCAUUCGAAUUGGCUCAAAGGGGAGUGGCUUCCCUUUGAUCAGCUCGACUUCAUAGGCUGAAGGAUCUCGUGGGCUGGAUUUUCCCUUAAACUGCCUCUGUGGAACAAGCUCAAGAUCUCUGAGCUAAAGAAGCACUUAGCUAGAAGCCGUUUCCCAGUUUCUGAAGAGACCCUGUGUGCUCAAUUGCCUUUUCCUGAGCACUGGCAUGGGCAUUUAACUUAACACUGAAGGAGAGUACUUGGCUAUUCUUUCUAAAAGGAGAAAACACACACCAGAAGGACAAUGGCCCGCCUUCCUGCCUCGGGGCAAAAGCCCCCCCUGGGUGAGUGUGAGCCUUUAAGAUGUCUGUCAGCAAUGAAAGGAAAUUGAACACCUCAGCCUUGAGGAAAAUAGCCAACGACAUGACCAACAUCAUUGAAAGCCUGGACACGAGGGAGCUCCACUUCGAAGGGGAGGAGGUGGAUGCGGACGUGCUGAAUGACCCCAAAGCACCUGUGGGCAUCCCGUUCUCUGCCAUUUACAACACUAAAGGAUUUAAAGAGGCUCAUGCACAGCCCUACCUAACUGGGUGUCCAAUCCGAGUGCGAGUUUUGGAAGUGGAACGCUGUACCUCAACCACAAAGGUGCCGAGUCUACAUGUUUACACCAUUGAGUUGACACACGGGGAAUUUACAUGGCAGGUGAAGAGGAAAUUCAAGCACUUCCAAGAGUUUCACAGGGAACUGCUUCGGUACAAAGCUUUCAUUCGGAUCCCCAUCCCUACAAGAAGACACACGGUCCGAAGGCAGACCAUCAAAAGGGGAGAGGCAAGGCAAAUGCCAAACCUACCGCGCACCUCUGACAAUAUGGCCAGAGAAGAACACCUGUCCAGCAGAAGGAAACAACUGGAAGAUUACUUAACAAACCUCCUGAAAAUGCCAUUGUACAGAAACUACCACGGAACGCUGGAAUUCCUUGGUGUAAGUCAGCUGUCAUUUAUCCAUGAUCUUGGACCAAAGGGCAUAGAGGGCAUGAUUAUGAAAAGGUCUGGAGGACAUAGAAUACCUGGUUUGAAUUGCUGUGGGCAAGGACAGCUGUGCUACCGGUGGUCAAAGAGGUGGCUUGUAGUCAAGGACUCUUUUCUCUUGUACAUGAAACCAGACAGUGGAGCCAUUUCCUUUGUCUUACUGGUAGAUAAAGCGUUCAGCAUAAAGAUUGGCAAGAAAGAGACAGAAACGAAACACGGGCUGCGAAUAGACAAUCUCUCCAGGUCACUGAUUUUGAAGUGCAACAGCUAUCGACAUGCUCUCUGGUGGUGCCAAGGGAUAGAAGAAUUCAUUCAGAAAAACGGCACAAACUUCCUCAAACAUCACAGAUUUGGCUCAUACGCAGCUAUCCAGGAGGACACCUUGGCAAAGUGGUACGUGAAUGCAAAAGGGUACUUUGAAGACGUCGCCAAUGCCAUGGAAGCUGCCAAAGAAGAGAUUUUCAUCACAGAUUGGUGGCUGAGCCCAGAGAUAUUCAUGAAACGACCAGUGGUGGAAGGCAACCGCUGGAGAUUAGACUGCAUUUUGAGGCGGAAAGCUCAACAAGGGGUGAAAAUCUUUGUGAUGCUUUAUAAAGAGGUGGAGCUUGCUCUUGGAAUCAACAGUGAGUACAGCAAGCGUACCUUAAUGCACCUGCACCCCAACAUCAAGGUAAUGAGGCACCCAGAUCACGUGUCUUCAACCGUUUAUUUGUGGGCCCAUCAUGAGAAACUGGUGGUCAUUGACCAGUCCAUAGCCUUUGUCGGAGGCAUCGACUUGGCUUACGGCAGGUGGGAUGACAACGAGCACCGACUGACUGACGUCGGCAGCGCAAAACGAAUGACGGCGACCAAGUCUGCAUCUGUGGCCAACCUCUCGCCUUCAGCUGAACCCACUGAUGAACAGCCAGCGACCGUCCCUGAACCAGAGCCCCCAACGAAGCUGCAGUUGCAGGAGAACAACGACGACUCUCUGGACCCUUUGAGGAUGAAAGGAAUAGGGAAACCCAGGAGAUUUGCCAGGUUCAGCAUCUACAAGCAGCUCCACCGGCACGGCCUACACCACGCAGACAGUGUGAGCAGUAUAGACAGCGAUUCCAAUAAAGGCUCAAUCCGGAGCAUGAAGACAGGCGUUGGAGAGCUUCUUGGUGAAACCAGGUUCUGGCAUGGGAAGGACUAUUGCAACUUUGUCUUUAAAGAUUGGAUUCAGCUUGAUAAACCCUUUGCUGACUUCAUUGAUCGCUACACCAUGCCAAGGAUGCCGUGGCAUGACAUCGCCUCAGUGGUGCACGGGAAAGCUGCCCGGGAUGUGGCUCGGCAUUUCAUUCAGCGCUGGAACUUCACAAAGAUCAUGAAGCCCAAAUACAGAUCCCUUUCCUACCCUUUUCUGCUGCCGAAAUCUCAGCAGACAGCAGACGAGUUGAAGUACCAAGUCCCCGAUGCUGUGUGUGCCAGUGUGCAGGUGCUCCGCUCUGCUACAGACUGGUCUGCUGGGAUCAAGUACCAUGAGGAGUCCAUUCAUUCUGCUUAUGUUAAUGUGAUAGAAAACAGCAAACACUAUGUCUAUAUAGAGAACCAGUUUUUCAUUAGCUGUGCGGACGACAAGGUUGUAUCGAACCGGAUUGGUGAUGCCAUCGCUCAACGCAUCCUCAAGGCGCACAGGGAAAACAAACGGUACCGAGUCUAUGUAGUCAUCCCACUGCUGCCAGGAUUUGAGGGCGAUAUUUCAACAGGAGGAGGAAAUGCACUGCAGGCAAUCAUGCACUUUAACUACAGGACCAUGUGCAGAGGAGAUAAUUCGAUCCUGGGACAGCUGAAAGCAGAGAUUGGAGACCAGUGGAUCAAUUACAUUUCGUUCUGCGGACUCCGAAACCACGCCGAGCUGGAAGGGAAGCUUGUGACAGAAUUGAUCUACGUUCACAGCAAGCUGAUGAUUGUGGAUGACAACACAGUCAUCAUUGGCUCUGCUAACAUCAAUGACCGCAGUAUGCUGGGCAAGCGAGACAGCGAAAUGGCCGUCAUCGUGCAGGAUACAGACACCCUUCCUUCAGUGAUGGACGGAGAAGACUACAAAGCCGGGCGAUUUGCUCAGUCUCUCCGCCUUCAGUGCUUCAGAGUUGUCCUUGGCAGUUCAACAGACCCUAAUGAUAUUCAGGAUCCUGUUUGCGACAAAUUCUUCAAGGAAGUGUGGGUUGCAACGGCCGCACGCAAUGCCACUAUAUAUGAUAAGGUUUUCCGAAGCCUUCCCAAUGACGAAGUGACUAGCUUGGCCAAGUUACGGGAGCACAUCACUAAGCCGAAGCUCGCUUGCGAAAAUCCUGCCAAAGCAGCAGAAGAACUCAAAAAGAUCCAUGGGUUUUUAGUUCAGUUCCCCUUUGGUUUCCUGCAAGAAGAGAAUUUGCUUCCCUCCGUCGGGACAAAAGAAUCCAUGGUCCCCAUGGAGACUUGGACAUAAGAGGAUCCAGCAUAUGUUGGAUUUAAGAAACACAAAAAGCAAAAACAGGGUUCUCUGGAGAUCUGCUGAAUUGAUUGUGGUUGCAUGGAAUGUUUUUGCCAUAGGGAGAAAAGUCUGCACCGAUCCAAAAGUGCCUUUUGGUGGAAGAGCUUCAGAGAAAACAGCAGUGCAGCAGGGUGAAAUGUCAAAAGCAACCGAUAACUGACAAGUUCUGCUCACGGAUAAAAGAGGACUUGCAAUUAAGCAACCCAGGAAGGACGGGAAUUGCAAGCCACUUCCUCAAAAGACCACAAGUCAUAUUGCAAGACGCUACUUAUUCCAGGCAUGCUUGCUCUGCUUGGCCGAUGGCCUCAAAGGGAAUUCAGAAACUCCUUGCCAUAAAGAACUGGGAGAAAGCGUCUGUUCGUCCCAACUAUGUUUUACACUGGAGAAUGUUUGGCAACCACUUGCCACAACAAUAACUAAGGCCACCACUUCCAAGGAAGUACCUCUUGCACUAGGCAAAGUGAAUUUGCAUCCAUGUGUCUGUCGUGAGCUGUGCACAGAACACUGAGUUAUUUGCUGUGAAUAUGCAUGUGCUGUCAAUGUACUUAUUACACCCGUGGUGGAUUGUGGGCUAUUGCAAUUGGUUAAAUCUUUGGCCCUAGGCUACCUAGCUAGAAUUUAUUUCUUUUUCUUUAAACUCCGUUUUUUUUUUUUUUUUGCGGGGGUAGAGCAUUGUGUAAAUUGACUGCUGAGAAAACACUGCACUUUGGGCCAUGACUGUGAUCACUGUUUGUCUGUUGGCACUCAGCUCUUCACAGCAAGAAAUGCUUCUAGUCUUGGAGUGCUUGCAUGCGUCCCAUUACAUCAGUAUGGUCUGGAACGUUCUGAGGCAACGCUCAGCUUAGUUCCCACUGUUUAAUGCACUGGUUUGCAUAAAAGCGCUUUUGACGCCGUGGUUCGUCAGGGUGCACAGUCCCAUAGGUGCCAACUCCCAGAUUGAAAAAUCCGGGAUCGGCACCGGAAGUCGCGCUGCGGCCAUUUUGGAACUGGGCAGAGCAGCAGCGGAAGUUGCUUCUAUGCAUGCUCUGCCCAUUUCCAAAAUGGCCGCAGCGCCAGAAAUUGCUUCUGCGCAUGUCCAGAGACUCCAGACAUGUGCAGAAGGAGCCUCCCCGGGCCGGUAAGAAUCCGGGGGAUUUAAAAUCUGGGCUGCCAGCAGGAAACGACUGGAAAAAUGGGGGUUUCCUGGGGAAUACGGGAGACUUGGCAGCUACGCACAGUCCCCCAGCAGCAAGGGUGCUGGCAAUGAAGGGUCAACACCACCAAGUUCUUGGUUAUCCAUUGUGCUGCAUAACGCCAUUUAUGUCGCGCCCUUGUUAGUGAAGCACCUGCGGUAUGGAUCCCCUUCCUCCCCGUGUGAUGGCUUCCUGGGGCACAGUCAGUCACCAUGGGAUACAAAGGUAGGUUUGGGUGCCAGCAACAGGAGACCUGACAGGUGCUGCAGCUGGUGCCCAAGGAAGAUUGCUCCCUUGUCCAGGCAAGGCCCCAAAGCCUGAGCAGUAGUAUUUACGACCCGGAAAGCUGUCUGUGGACUCCAGCUUCCUCAGCCUGAAGCAAGAUGAGCACCGCACCCCAUAGUCACCUUUGACUGGACUUAACCGUCCAGGGGUCCUUUACCUUUACCUUAUUUAUUUAAGGCCACCAUCAGUAUAAAGGAGAUUGCGAUUCGGCAGUCACAGGCAAUUCUGAUUCAAGAUAUGCAGCCACCCACUAGGGGGAUUUAGAUAAAUGAUGUUGUACUAUAUCCUUUAGCUGUAAAAGAUUAUGACAGGGUACUCCCACCUGAAACAUAACUGGCACCUCCAUCUCCAUUUCAAGCACCUUGUUGUCUGUAUAGUAAGCAAUUUCAUUAGGUGGAGGACAGUCUAGCGCUUUGCAUUAUGCUGAUAAAUAACACUUAACAUUCCUCAAGGGCGGGCCUGCUGCCCGGCUUAGUUUCACGUUGCUAUACAGUGCCUGGCAUUUCAUGCUGCUAAUCCAUAGCAUGGGCAGAAAUCACAUGCCUUCUUUGCCGAUGGUGAAUUAGAAGUCUGUCGUGAUGGUUCAAUAAUUUAUGCACAGCAUCCUUUUAGGAGGGAAAACUGCAUGGCUAAUGUAUGUCUCUGUGAUGUGCUGUCCAUCGCUUACGAUUUCUCAGGAAGUGUCGGCUUUCAAAUUUGUCCUGCUGCUGCUGCUGCUUUUUGCAAGUGGACUUUGGGGAUAAUUGCUGGGGAAUCAGGUUGAUUCAGAGGACUACUGCGAUGUGAAGGCACUGUCGUAGCUGGAAUUGAGUCGCCAUUGAGCUUUCAGUUCAGCCAAUGCUAUUCUGCAUAUUUCCAAGUCAGGGGUCGCCAACAUGGCAUCUGCCAGUAAACCCCCCCCCCCCAAUGGCGCCCGUGGAAGGUCCCAGUACGUAACCCCACAAUACAUGAAAGACUGAUUGUUCUUCCUCUUCAGUUCCUGUUUGCACUGGCUCAGCCUCUCCUACUUUGAAACCACGAUGCCACAUCCCCACAGCAGCCGUUUUGUGACAGACACUUUCUUUAAAUUCCAAAAAAAGUCCACCGGCCCAAAGGCGGUCGGUGACCCCCCCGUUCUAGGUCAGGGGGUGGCACAAGGAGUGAGAACAGGAGAGGAGCAUGCAAUCCUGUCUUCCACUCUCAUAGCGUGCUGCUGCCCAGGCUGAGCAGAGUAGAAGUAAAACCUUACUCAUUGGGGACACUGUUGCAGUUACACCAUCUCAUACUUGGGCAUUAUCUGGUGCUUCCGACGUCACUUCCAGAAUGCUGACCCCCACCCCCACCCCCCAAGGAUGGCCACUACUGUAAUCUGGGCUGUGAUUGUUUUGUGGGCGAGUGAUUUGUAGCCCUCUUUGUAGUUUCACGUUGUGAAUUGUCGGUUCUGUGUUAGCAACGUUUGCUUUGUAGCCUGAAGGCUUCACAGUGAAUACUGUUUGCGUCAGGUGCACUGCAGCGUCACUAAUAUAAAGCAAUUAAUUUCAGAGAAAUGUGAAGACCUAUAGGUUCACCCUAAGAACACGGAAUUCGGUUUUGCAGAGAGAAGGAUUUACUGGUUUGCGUGUUAUUAUCGGUCAGCUUGACUACCAAGAUAAAUGUUCAUUGACAGACUGCUUGUGAACUUAGUUGGCCCGUUGGAUUGUUUUAUAGGCACUGCAAACUCUCGCCCCGGGAAAAAAUUUACAUGGCCUGGACAAACGGCAACUUCAACUGCAGACCUCAUGCCCAGUUUAUGGCCAUUUAAGCUUGGAUAGUAAAUUUGCUCCAUAAAGCUAUCUGUUGUGCUCUAGCUAUGUUACCAAGAUUUUAGAAUCGUAGAGUUGGAAGAGACCACAAGGGCCAUCCAGUCCACAAUUUUAACAUUGGCAUGGAUUAAUGUUCCUGUGUAGUGCCUCCCAUCUACAAAACCUGAUGUAAUUUAAAUUUUGUUUAAAUUUAAUUUAUGACAAUUAGUUCAUAGAAUAACGCUGAAACAUUGGAUUCCUUAGAUAGGGGUGCAGCCAGAUUUACGAAGGCUUCCAUAGCAAACUACUAGGCAUCUCAUGGCAAACUUUCUGGCUGUUGAUUUGUUCAGUUUGCUUGUCCCGUUCCUCCAUUCUUUAUUCUCCUUUUAACUGACUACCCACAAUCAGUCAUGCCUAUUUAUUGCUGCUGAAGUGUUUCCGGACCCCUUGGUAAAUCAUUCCAACUUGACUCGCCUUUCUGAAUGAGGCUUUUAGUGUUUUGCUGACUUUGAAUCCCUCGUGCUUCCAUCUAUAUACUUAUUUCCCAUGUAGGGAUGGGGAACCAAUCCAGUUUGGUUUGCCUUGUAAUGCAAAUCUACCUUACGCUCACUUCUCAAAACUAUCCACGGCUCUCCUUUGAAAUGCACACUUCUCUGAAUUUUGCUAUUCGGUUCUCCAACCAAAUAACGUGUACAGAAAAAUGUGUAUAUUCGGGGGGAAAGUGAGCAUGAAGAUGCUUCUGUUAGUGAAAGCAACAUACGAAACAAGGAUUAUAAUUGGGGGACAGGCAUGCUCAGACGCUAAUGAAUAUUCAUGAGGAUUUUUUGUUAAAGAAAAAUUGACAAACUGGUGUGGAAAUUAAACUGAGCUAAAGAUUGGAAAAAAUGAGGAAGUGCAAGAAAGCAAAAUGGGCAGAUUACCCAUCCCUAUUCUCAGCUACAGGCAUUUCAGGCAGAAUGUCCUGGGUUUGAUCCCUGAUACCUGCAGCUAAGCAGGAGAGCUAAGCAAGUCAGAGCAAGCAAUUAACUAUUAUUAUUAUUAUUAUUAUUAUUAUUAUUAUUUAUACCCCACCCAUCUGGCCGGGUUUCCCCAGCCACUCUGGGCGGCUUCCAACAAAACAUUAAAAUACAAUAAUCUAUUAAACAUUAAAAGCUUCCCUUAGUUCUGGACUAGUUAUAUCAGCAGUACGAGAUAGCUUCAUAUAGUGUCCGUAUGAUUUACAGAGCCUUGGUCUACUGAGCACCAUGCAAGAAAAAAAAUAUGCAACUGAUAAAAGAAGAUCAAUUUUUAUCAUACAAUUCCUUAUUUUAAGAAGCUCAAUACCUUUAUCCAUGCAUUCAACCUGCCAGAAUCUCUUGGCCAUGCUUGCUUGGGGCUGGAGGAAUUUGGGAGUUCAACAACCUCUGGAACACCAUGGCUUCCCCACUACCAAAACAUAGGACAGGGUUGUGGCACCCAGACUAUGGAACUCUGCCCUGAGAGUCUUGUCUGCCUUGCAGGGGGUUGAACUAGGUGACCCUUGGGUUCCCUUCCAAGUCUACCAUUCUGUGAUGAAUUUCUCUGUUGGUGUGAGAUAUAGAAAGGUUAUUCCACUGCACUUUUGGCACGAGUAAUAAUAUUUAAGGUCUUUUCUCUCCUAUUGUAUGCCGUAAGCUGACUACUGUUAUUUACACUGGUAUGCCUGCAUCCCUGAUACUGUAGUACAACACUGAUUGCUAAUUUUCUGUACUUGUUCUUGCGGCUGAUUGUUAGCUACCUUGGGGGACCCAAAUGUGGAUGAAAAGAAACCUUGUGCGGCCAAGAAGACAUCCUGCUCCGACCACCACUACUCAUGUCACUACUUUGAGGACUUGCCAGAAAACUCGUCCAUUGCUGCUGUAAUUGAUAACCCUCCGAAGGCUGCUGAAUCAGGAAUCCACGAGGUUGAAGGACAAAAGUCAGUAUUGAUUGAAAUAAUCCUGCAACCAGCGCGGAAUCGGAAUGAAAAGCCACACAGACAAAUGGAAUUCAGAACUUCUUCUCCUCCCGACCUUUUAAGGAGUAAAAACAAAACAUGCUGUCUUUGUUCCCCCCCCCCCCCGCAAUUGUUGCUGGGCCAUUUGCACCAUCGCAGUUUCUUAAAAUAGAUGUAGACGCCGAGAAUAAUUGUAAUUUACUUGUCUCCAUCCUUGACGCAAAGAUAAUGGGAGAAAAACAAAGUUAGCUUUUUAAUUGGCUGAUCAAACCACUUUCUCCAGAUUAACCGAGCAGUAAGACAAGCCUGCAUCUUUGUGUGUGUGUGUGUGUGUGUGUGUGUGUGUGUGUGUGUGUUUCAGAGGGGUUGGGACAAUGCUAAAUAUCUGUGCAACUACAUGAACACUGUGAAUAUGCCUUCUGUGAAGGAUUCAGAAUCGUCCUCUCUCUUUUUUGUAUUUGAUAUUGCUAAUCUUGCUAAUGGCUGCUUUUAUUAUUAUUUCCCCUUCUUCUGUGAUUGUGACUAAAACGUAAUGUAUCUGAAAAGAAAAUUGCACCCAGGCUCUUCAUUUUGAGAGUGGCUUCUUUCUUGUUACAG